AUGAAUUCUCGUCGAUUAAAUAAUUCAAUGUCAAACAACGAAUAUCGUAUUGAUUUAAAUCCUGAAAAUAAUAUUGAAGAUAUUGAAACAAUUCAAGAAGAUAUUAUUAAUCAAGUUCAACAAACAACAAGAACAAAUCUAACAACAAAUAAUAUAAAUAAUGAUCAUUUACAUCAAUUAAUUCAUUUAUUAAAAGAUAAUUUAACAUCAACAUUUCCUUUUGCUCUUAUUAUUAUUCUUAAAGCUUUUUAUGAACAUUCAGCAGGUAUAUUGAUGGUUAUAUUCUUUUCUGGAAGUAUUUAUCAUGCAAAUACAGUUUUGGUUAAUCAAGCAGGUUUAAAAUCAUCUCGUCAUUUGUGUCCAGUUAUUCGAGUUAUUAUUAUUCUAACAAUUUCAUUAAUUUUAUUUCUUUAUUUAUUUCGAGAAGAUAAAUUUUAUUUAUGUUUAAUAUUUGCUCGUCCAUCUUAUACAAAUUGGAAUUUUUGGACUCUUCUUUGGGUAGUUUAUUCAACAUUUUGUAUAGUUAAGAUGAUAGUUAUGAUAUUAAAAGGUUUAUUAAUUCUAUAUCCAUUAAGUAGUGAAAAAGGAAAACUGAGUUUAACAUAUCGUAAACGUGGAUCAUAUUUUUCUCUAUUAGAAUAUAUAUCUCAAUUUUAUAUUAGUUUAUUAACAAUUCGUCCAUGGAUACAUUUUAUAAUGGAUAAUAAUCAAGGAAAUAUAUUAUUCUCAUCAUUUAUUCUUUUUUUUUAUUCAACUGUUAAAUUUUAUAAUUUUUAUAAAUCAUUUAUUAAAUUACGUCAAUCAUUAAAUCAAUCAUUUCAAACACUUCCUUUUCCAUCAGUAGCAAUUAAUGAAUUAAGAGAUAAUCAUUGUCCUAUUUGUCAAUCAGAAUAUCAAGAUCCAAUUAUGUUAACAUGCAAACAUAUUUUUUGUGAGGAAUGUGUAUCAUCAUGGCUUGAUCGAAAUGCAACAUGUCCAUUAUGUCGAUGUAAAUUACCAAUAGGAGAAUCGAAUUUUCGAGAUGGAUUUACUUCUGGAUAUCUUAUUUGGUACUAA